AUGAAAUUUUCGCUAGUUAAAAAAAUCGUUUACCCAAAAAAUCCUAUCACAAAUUAUCAAAUUUUAUAUUUGAAGAAUAAAAAUGUAAAUUUUUUUUUUCGUUUCUCUUCAUCGUCCGUUUGUAUACCUAAAAGGGUAGGGUUUAUGAAACCGUCGUUCAAAUUAAAUAGGAAGGCUCAGAAAUAUAUUGUUAAUGUUCAAUGGUUAAAAAGUAAUGAUACUAAAAAAUUAGAAGAAUUGUGUAAAAAAAUAAAGAAAGAUGCACAUACAUUUGAUAGUUAUGAACUUAUUGAUUUAAUAUAUUAUUUAAGUAAACAUUCGAAUAAAAAUGUAUAUUUAACUAUUGAACCUUUAUUAUUUCAUUUUUUUCUUAAGUAUAAUAAAAAUAGUCAUACAAUAAAUUUAAAUGGAAUAUCAAUUCAUAGGUUAUUAAGAGUACUUACAGAAUAUCAAGAUAUUGUAUAUAGAGAAUGGAUAUAUUCAAUCUCUGAAAUAAUAUCAAGAAAACAUGCACACAUUUCUAUGAGAGAUAUACAACUUAUAUUAGAUGAUUUGGCUUUAUUUUACGAUUUUGAAAUACAUAAACAAAUUAUACCUUUUUAUAAAACUAUAACUAAUCGAAUUAAUGAACUUGAAAUCAAACGAUUACCAUUUCUAAUACAUGUUAUUGGACGUAUAGGAUGUAAUGAUAAUAAAUUAUUAUAUGUACUUUUUAAUACAUUAAAAAACAAUAUUUUUAAAAAUGAAUUAUAUAGGUCUGAUUUUUCAGGACUCAUGUUAAGAGGAUUAGCAAAUCUUAAAAUUGUACCACAACCAAAUUUAUUAUACCAAUUAUAUAAACCCAUAAAAGAUAAUAUUAAUUGUACAAAUAUUAAAUAUAUAUCUUGGUGUGCUGAUGGAUUCUCUAGACUUAACUUCUUCUAUCCAUUACCUAUUCUUGUAAAUCAAAUACUCAAAAUGAAAGACAAAAUAUCUCACCUAGAACUCAAUGAUUUUUCAUCAAUAUUAAACUGCAUACAAUCAUAUAUACUAAUCAAACAUAAUAAAAACACAAAUAUAAUAAUCGAAAAGCAAAUUUGUAAUACUUAUCAAGAAAACAGAAAUUCUGUACAUAACAAACAUUUACCCUAUUCAAAUAUAUAUGAACAAAAUAUUAUGCAAGAACAUUCCAAUUCAAAAACAACAUAUUCUAAUAUAUCGAAACAAAAAAGUCAGCACAUUGAAAUAUAUGAUCAAAUAGAUGAUAACAUAAAUAAUCAUAUGUGUUAUAAUAAUGUAUAUUAUACCUCAAAACAAAAUUCUAAGAACAACUCAAAUAUACAAAAUAAUAACCAUAUAUUUAAUAGCUCUAAUCAAUAUGAUAAAAAUAUACAAUCAACUAAUAAAAAUCUCAUUUUAGAAGAACAAAAAAAUAAAAAUAAAAAAAAUGAUUCUUUUCAAAAUUAUAAAUAUUCAUAUAAUCAUACAGAUAUGGAUUUUUCCAUAUCUAUUGAACAAUUAUAUGAUAUUUAUAUAAAAUUAGAAAAUCUAAUUUUAGAAAAAAUAACUGAAAGUAUAUACAAUAGUACACCUCCAUAUAGAGUUAUUAUGUUCGAAUUAAUGACCAGAUUAUUUCGAUUUUAUACAAAACCAAUAGACCUUAUUAUUACUAUGAAUACACACAGAUAUGACACACCUAUAUUGUUAAAACAUUCAAACAGCUUACAACUUAUCUUAUCAAAUCAACAAAAUAGAUUAAUGAGCAAUUCUAACUUAUCCUUUUAUGUGAACAAAUUAAAUAUUGUAAAUGAUUUCUUUUUUGAAAUACACCAUAAAGAUACACAUCAAGACAGUCAAAAUGAACACAAAACGGAUGAACCUAAAAUACAUAAUGUUUUCAAAAAAAAAAAUAACGAUAUCUUUGUUAAUAUUCCUCUACCAAAAAUAUUUAAAAAUUUCUUACAUUCCAUAUAUUUUAGAACUCCCGCUUUAGGAGGUAGAACAAUUAUGUUACUCUUAAUUGCUCUAGUACGACUAAAUUUUGGGCAAAGAGAAAAAUUAGAAUAUGAACAAAAAAUGAAUACAAAUAUAUUACCUCUCAUGAAAGCAAGCGAAAUAUAUAGACCUUUAACACACUGUAUUAUUCGUGAAAUAAUACGAAAACUACAAACAUUCAAUUCAGAAGAAUUAAUUAUUUGUGCUAUAUGCUUAAAUGAAUUAGAUGCAUUAAAUUUAAAUAAAGAAUUAUUUCCAUUACUAAUUAGCAGGUUUAAUGAUUUAAAAAACAAUAAUUACAUGACCAAUGACCAAUUGGAACAAUUAAAAAAUCUCUUUAAUUAUUGGAUUCAUCAUAAAAGAAACAUGAUAAUUAAUAAUUUAAAAUUUUCAAAUGCAAAACAGCUUAAGCAUUUUGUUAGACUAUAA